UUAAAAUUUGGCGAUAAACAUUUUAGGUGUACAAAUAAAAAAUGUUCCGUAAGUGCUGUAGUUAGGUUAGUUAAUGAAUCAUAUAAAAUUUUAAAUAUGACAAACACGCAUACCCAUGACGAGUACGACGACCGAACAAUUCAUCGAGAAGUAGUAAGAAGCAAAUUGAAACGUAGAGCUGAAGAGGAUUUACAUAUUACACCAAAUAAACUAAUACGCCGGGAAUUGAAAAACAAUGAUAACUCCGAACAUCUUCAAUAUAGCGAUAUUAAAUUAAUUCGAAGAUCCAUGUAUGAAAAACCAAAAAAAUCCUUUCCAAACAUACCGAGAUCUUUAGAAGAUGCUAAAAAACAAUUAGUUGAUGAUCAGCAUAAUCUUACUUACAAAGGUAAUAAAUUUUCUUUCGUUAGUAAUGAUGAAAAUUUAUUUAUAUUUACAUGUAAACAAAAUUUAGAAUUGCUACAAAGUGCAGAACACGUUUUAGGGGAUGGGACAUUUUCAUUCGCUCCGAAAUAUUUUGUUCAACUUUAUACUGUUCAUGUAUUUAAAAACAAUUUUUAUGUUCCUGUGGCGUUUUGUUUUUUAAGUAACAAACAUACUGAUACCUACAUCAAUAUGUGGAAAACAUUACAAAAUAUAUGUAUUCAAAUUACUGGUAAUAUAAUAAAUUUAAUCAAUUUUCAUGUCAACUUUGAAAAAUCUAUGCAUAAUACAGUAUUGCAAAUUUUCCCUUACUGCAAAAUUACGUGUUGUAACUUUCAUUUAGGGCAAAAUUGGUUUAGACAUAUUCAACAACAUAAAUUAUUAUCGAGUGAGUACUUAAACAACGACUCAGAAGUUGGCAAAUGGAUGAAAUGUUUUUUUGGAAUAAGUUAUUUACCUCCUGACGAAGUUUCUGAUGGAUUUUGUGAUCUUAUGUCAAUAGCACCAAGUACUACGUCUAGUAAUAUUUCUAUAUUUUUCGAUUAUAUUUUAGAAAAUUACAUUGUAUCGGACAGCAAUUUUCCUCCAACAUUAUGGGCUUGUAAACCUACUAAUAAUCCUAAGACUACUAAUGGUGCAGAGAGUUAUCACAAACAAUAUAACAGUCAGUUUUACAUUGCUCAUCCGCACAUAUAUCAAGUAAUCGACGUCAUUAUUGAAAUUCAAAGUGACACUGAUUUAAAAAUUAAUUCGAUAAAUAAAAUGUUGCCCAACUAUGGGCUUGAGCUUGUGUGCUUUUGCACGGACACUAACGAGCUGAUUGGUUGUAUGAUGGUCAGUACAGUGGUCUGCGGCUACGUAUUCAAUAAUUUCGACUCCACAAAUAUAUUCGGAGUUAAGCCGGUGUACGUCAUGCAUGCGGGAGAAGAGGUGGAUUGA